AUGCCAGGAGAGAAAAAUAGACAAGAUAGAAACCUACAGAAGUUGCCCCCUAUGAGAUAUUUUUGGUGGGGGCUACUAUCAACAUUUUUAGCAUCAUUAGCAUGGCUAAGACUUCUGUCUACGUACUACACAGCAUCCAUAGUACUACCUCCUAGCAUAUAUGACAAUUACAGUGCAGACACAUUACAGUUGAAGCAUAUAUUCCAUCAUGGUGUCGGCAGUGAAAAGUAUAUGGUGCACAAACGUCUAGAUGUUACUCCCGAGUACCUCGCCAAGUAUGAAGCAUAUUUCACUUCUUUAAAUGAAAAUCUACAGAUUGAACUGGAUGAGGAGUCAGAUUGGCCAAAGGUGCACCAUGGGAAAAACCCAUUUGAAAUAAAGUUGCCCUUUAAGCAACAACAAAACAAAGCCCGCAGGCUUAAAGAACGAAAUACGCCAGGGUUUAUAGAUUCAUACCUAGAAUACGCCCGGUCCAUCAAUGGUGAUGCAAAAAUUCUCGAUCGGAUUAAUCUAGAAUGGGUUGAUGACGAUGUCCUGGUGCCAAAUAUCACUGACCGUGAUACCGUGGUGUCCUUGGCCACUAUCGCUUCCAAUGCCUAUGUUCGUUUCCCCAAAAAUGACGACGAAAAGAAAAAGUCUGACUGGAUAGAUGUUGGAGGAUGGGAUCCAGACCAAGACAACCACGAAGUCAACUUUGGAUGGGACUAUGAUGGCUUACGAGGACAUGUGUUUGUAAGUGAUGACAACAAGACAGUGGUAAUUGGCAUAAAGGGGACAUCAGGUGCAGGGUUGCCUGGGGGUGGCAGCGAUGAAACUCAAGGGCACGACAAAACCAAUGACAAUUUGCUAUUCUCUUGCUGCUGUGCAAGAGUUGGGUAUUUGUGGACAACUGUGUGUGACUGCUAUGAAAAGACUUAUACAUGCAAUCAGGAUUGUUUGGAGAAGGAAUUGCGCAGAAAAGACAGAUACUACGAGGCAGCAUUGGACAUUUAUAAAAAUGUCACCAAAUUGUAUCCACCUGAGACUACUGAUAUAUGGGUCACGGGCCAUUCACUUGGAGGAGCAUUGGCUAGUUUGCUAGGUCGCACAUACGGCCUACCAGCAGUAGCAGUUGAAGCUCCUGGAGAGAUGCUAGCUCUGAAGCGCUUGCAUUUACCAUCUCCGCCGGGGCUCCCUAAGCAUUUAGAACACAUUUGGCACAUCGGCAAUACCGCCGAUCCUAUCUACAUGGGGGUGUGCAAUGGAGCAUCCAGCAGCUGUAGCUUGGCGGGUUAUGCUAUGGAGACUGCAUGCCAUACCGGAUAUCAGUGUGUUUACGAUGUUGUGACUGAUAAAGGAUGGCGAGUUAACUUGUUGAACCAUAGAAUUCACACAGUCAUUGAUGAGAUCAUAUUGACGUAUAACGAGACAGCCAAAUGUGUAGAGCAGGCGCCUUGUCGUGAUUGUUUCAACUGGAGGUUUGUAUAG